GGGAAGCCCAAUCCAUUUCAUUUGGAACCGGCCCAUCAACUCAGAAUCAACAGGUGGAAGUGCUGUCUCAUUGCUCUUGUUUCAGAAUCAACAAAUCGGAACUCCACUUGCCGGAAAACGCCGCCGCUUUUUUCGUCGGAGGAGAAGAAAGGCCGUCUGAAAAAUCUCCCAUAAAAGAAGAUGCCUCUGGGGCUAAUUUUAGGAAUAGGAAGGACAUUCCGAAGGAAGCGAACAUCGUCACUUGAUAUUCUAUCACCAAAACGUGCUCCUCGGGGUUUUUACAAGGGAAAGAACUGCCAGCCCACUGGUUUCCACACUCGCAAAGGUGGGUAUGUGGUAUUGCAGGAAAAAUUACCAAACUAUGUAGUUCCUGAUUUGACUGGUUUUAAGCUCAAACCAUACGUAUCCCAGUGUCCCUUAGAAGCGAACACUGCCGAGGCUUCUCAAACGGCUAAGUAAUCAAAUUUAGUAGUUUAGAAUACUUCUUCAUAUCCAUGAAUAAUUUGCCUGGCACAAAUACCCGAUACUGUGAUUGGAUAUAAACCCCUAGAUUUUUGAAUGCGUAACAUGAUGAUUUGGACUUUUCUAAUGUUUCUUUUCAAUCAUUCGUGUUGGAAGUGGAAUACUAAAUAGAUUUCAAAAACCAAUUUGGAAGUUUCUGUCAAUUAUGAACUAAUUUGCUGGUUUGGGAUGGUACAUUCCUUUUCCUGCCAUUUACGUAUUUAAGUUCGAAGAA